CACAAAACCUUUAUGAUAUUUGAUUUUUUUCUUAAAGCAACGCAUUCAGAGCUUCAUCAUGCACGUGUUUAGGAUCUGGCGUGUGCUGUGUGCGCUUGUCUUCGUUGGUGCAUCCUCGUGUGUGAAUGAGCUCGAGUACGAGGGGAACUUCGCAGACAACUACAACAACGAGAUCUCUCACGACCAGCAGGAGGGGGAAACUCCAACCACGCCGUGCCAGGCUGCAGACUUCUCCCACUGGGACAAGCUUUUCGUCACGCUGGAGGACUCCCACAUGAGGCAGAACAUGCUGCUGGUGUCUCUGGAGCAAUGUUGCGGAGGGAUGCUCUCUCUCAGGACCCAGGUGGACAAGCUGGCUAAGGGGUCAUGCCAGCAGUGUCACCCCAGCCCGGAGUCGGCUUGCGGGGCGCGAGCCGAGCAGGCGAAUGUCAGGCUGCAACGAGGAUUGCUGGAGCUCCGGGAGGUGGAAGCAGAGAGGGAGAGAAGGUUGAACGCUACGCUGCACCAGCUUCUGCACGGUGGCCGUGAGGUGAACGCCCGACUGAAGCGGCUGGAGGAAGGUGGAGGCCACGGGGCGGCGCCUUCUGGAGCGAUGGGGCACCGGCCGACGCUGAGACCUGGAGGUUUAGGGGCAGCACUCGGCCUGGGAAUGAAGCCGUUCACAUCUGGCCCGCAGGAGCAGGGAGGGGCUUCUCCGCUGGACAUGGCCGCAAUGGAAAAGGCCCUGGUUGCCAUGGCAACAGAACUGCAGCAGGUGCACCUGCAGCUGAGCAGAGUGAUAGAGCGGGUGGGAAGGACAGAGGAGACACCCGAAUCGCCAAGGGGCCAAAAAUAAUAUAAGAUUGACUGGAACUUUCCAGUGAUAAUGAUUUUGCACAUACUCUGUUUUUAAUGCUGUUUCUUCUUUUUUUUCUUUCUUUCUUUUUGCAUGU